CGGUGCGUAGCUCCCCAGUUUACGGCGUGUGUGCUAUUUCUUCGAACUUCAACAUUUUGGCCCAGUGGUGAAGGAACACUCAGAAUGGACGAUUACAAAUUACUAGAGUUCCUCAAUUCGAACGAGCCGAGUGAACAGACCGUAGACCUGACGUUUGACUGGUCGGCGGCCAUGGUUUCGAGCGGUAUAGAUGUGUCGGAUCAAUUCCUAAGCUCGAUGCAGGAAUCGUUCAUGCCCGUACCGGAGCAGGAACAACUGCAGGAGUACGACUGUAGUGCUGAGCAGCGGUACCGCUAUCAAGGGCAGACACCCGGAACCAGUACUCUAUUGGACUUUUCGGGAAUAAUGUUUAUACCAACCGCCAGCGACCAAGACCUCGCGGAAGCUGAAUCCAUACAGCAAGCGAUCAUUGUAGAUGUCAAUACCGAACAGGCAAACGAUGCCAGCUUAUUCACAGAAUCUCCAACUACAAGCACCAACACCGCCGGCAUAACACCGAACGUUACCGUAAAUGAUGCCGUAGACAUACCGUACGAACUGCCGCUAAACCUGAAACAUGGCACAGCCGCCUGGAGCCGAUGGGCGAAGAUGGAAAACGCUAAAGCAACAUCCUACAACGGGAAAGCAUGGCCGGAAGAUUUUCUACAGCUCGAUCCAGCCACGUUAUGCCACGGUUUGUGUGGCUUUAUUACACAAGUGCGACGGGUCGACGGUGGCUACUUUCCGCCGGAAACAAUCUACUACCUAGUGACCGGGAUACAGCAAUGUGUGCUGAACAGUGGUAGACCGGAGUACUUUUGGUCGGAUAGACGGUACGAGCCAUUCGUUGAAUGUUUCGACCAACUAGCGCAACGCUUUAAAGGGGAGGCCAACGUUCCUAGAUAUUUCACUAUCAGAGUUAAGGAAGAAAAUCUCUGGUCGAACGGGCAGCUUGGAAACCACUCACCGAUCGAUUUGCUUACGACACUCAUCUACUUCAAUACGAUUUAUUUCCGGCUGCAUACUGCCGAACAACAUUUCUCGCUCCAGUCUUACCAGCUUUGGAAAGCCUGGGAGCAUUCAUCGAAGCGUGGUGCACGUCAACACGAGCUUAUCGGGAGCCUACGCUAUACGGUACCUGAGACGCCGGUAAAAGAUUUUGAUUUCGAUGCAGUCGGCAACAAACGGACGCACUACGAUCAGUUUGAAAACAAAACACAUCCAGAACGAUGCCCGUUGAGGCUUCACGAGUUGUAUCUCUCGAAAUGCCCGAGACGGGGAAAGGACGAACACAAUGAUUAUUAUCUGGAGCCGGAACGGACUUACACGGCGUCCUCGCCUAUAUGGUUUUCCAAGCAGUCGCUCAGUGUGGCGCUGUUCAAUCGCAUUUUUAACAGAUUAAAAAUGGUGCUGGAGGUUGAACGGGCCAUUUUUAAUGCGCAAUCUGUUCGCGUCUAGGGCGACAAACUAUUUCCAACUCCAACGGAACCAUUCUCGCUCCAAGUCUCCAAUUCUUUCCGGCACCGAUUAUUUCUCCACUUGAACUUAGCA